CCCAAAAAAAGGCAGCUCCAAAUGCCAGCACCCCAGCCGCCUGCCCACUCGCCGGAGCAGCCGCAUGAGACUCGCCGCCAGCCGCCCAUCCCCGCCGGUCGCCACCCUCCUCGGCCGCUGCCGCACACCGCGCUGCCUCGCCCAGCUCCACGCCCGCAUCGUCCGCCUCGGCCUCCACAACCAGCACGCCCUGCUCGCGCGCUUCGCCGCCGCCUGCGACGCCCUCGCCUGCCCCUCCGUCGCCGACUCCCUCCUCUCCGCUCUCCCUCCCCACGCCGUCCCGCUCAGCCUCCGCAACACCCUGCUCUCCUCGCUCUCCCGCCACUCCCCGCUCCACGCCGCUCUCGCGCAGUUCGGUCUGAUCCGCCGCAACGCCUCCCCCGACGCCUUCUCUUUCCCUUCCCUCCUCCGCGCGUGCGCCCGCGUGCCAUGCCUACACACCGGCUCCGCACUGCACGCCGCGGCCAUACGCCUCGGCGUCGACACCGACCUCUUCGUCCGCACGGCGCUCAUCCAGUUCUACGGGAGGUGCAGCGCCGCCGGAGCAGCCCGGGCGCUGUUCGACUCAAUGAUCGUCGCCAGCGAGGUUUCCUGGACCUCCAUCAUCAUGGUCUACGUCGACUGCGGUGACAUCUUAUCCGCCCGCGAGUGUUUCGAUCGGAUACCGCACAGGAACGUGGUCCAUUGGAACGCCAUGGUACACGGGUAUGUCAAGUGCGGGGACCUGGACAGUGCAAGGAGGCUGUUCGAAGAAAUGCCCCAAAGAACUGCUGCGGCACACACAUCGCUGAUUGGAGGGUACGCAAAGGCAGGGAAUAUGCAAGGUGCCAAGCUGCUGUUCGAUAAGUUGCAGGACCGGGAUGUGUUCGCGUGGUCAGCGAUGAUAUCAGGCUAUGCGCAGAAUGGUUACCCUCGAGAGGCUUUAAGGAUUUUCAACCAGUUCCGCAAGAAAGACAUAUGCCCAGAUGAGCUUGUUAUCGUUGCUCUCAUGACAGCAUGCUCCCAGCUGGGUAACAUCAUGCUAGCCAAAUGGAUUGAGGGUUACGUCAUGCGCUAUUCUAUAGAUAUGAGCAAUGCCCAUGUGUUGGCUGGUCUCGUGAACAUGAACGCAAAGUGCGGGAACAUGGAGAGGGCUACUGUUUUGUUUGAGUCUAUGCCGGUUCGAGAUGUGUUCUCGUACUGUUCAAUGAUGCAAGGUCAUUGCCUCCAUGGUUCAGCUAACAAGGCUGUGGAGCUUUUCUCUAGGAUGCUCUUGGAGGGCCUCUCUCCAGAUAAUGCGGUGUUUACAGUUGUUCUGACAGCUUGCAAUCAUGCUGGCCUGGUUGAAGAAGGGAAGAAGUACUUUGGCAUGAUGAAGAAUGAGUACUUGAUUGUGCCAUGCGGCGAUCACUAUGCUUGCCUUGUAAGUCUUCUUGGACGUUUUGGGAUGCUGAGAGAUGCAUAUGAGAUUAUCAAGUCGAUGCCUGGAAAACCUCAUCCGGGAUCAUGGGGUGCAUUGUUGGGUGGAUGCAUACUCCAUGGCGAUGUUGAACUUGGGAAAAUUGCAGCGCAGAAGCUCUUUGAAGUUGAACCCGAUAAUGCUGGGAAUUAUGUCUCCCUGUCAAAUAUUUAUGCUAACAUUGACAGAUGGGUGGAUGUUUCUCAAGUUAGAGCUGAAAUGACUGGAAAAGGGAUCACGAAAAUAGCAGAACCAGAGGAUUAUUUGAUUGCUGGUGAGAUAUCAUCCACCUCUGAUGAGAUGAAGUCCUUGUGUUAUUUGCAGGUACUGUGUGUGAAGGACCCAUGUAGUAUUGCACAAUAAUGCCCUGAUCAAGAAUUCAAGAUACAAAGUGUUGGCAUUUGAUAUGAAGGUACUUUUCAGCUUCACCUUGUAAAGUUACGUAGAGGACACGUUGCACGCCCAGUUGUUGAUACUUCUCCAUGACACAUGCUCUAAUCUCAUCGAUAUGUGAAUGGGGGACCUUUAUUCACAGGUUGGAUUUUGAGGAGCUUGACCACUUAGGAAUGCCUUAACAUCCAAUGUCCUCUUACUGCAUAUCUAUCAGUAACAUGGUGCAUUAAUGUUUUUACUGAUAUCUGCCAGAAAGAAGCUUCAGUUCAGAACACAGAAGAGAUGCAUUGAGGAUUUUAAGGUAGCAUAUCAGGCCACGGACCAUAUAUCAUCUUUGUCUAGCCAAGUGCCAAAUUAGUGCUUACGAUCCAAGAUAAAUUUCUGCAUAGUACAACUGUUGUGAGCCAGUGAUACUUCAAAUAUCUAUUAAUUUUCGGUUUUACUAGAAAUGGUUUUGCAAGAAA